AUGGCCACCGCCGAAACUGUCGAUCUGGGCCCUGCCCACCCUCCCAAGGAGGAUUCAAUCGUUGCCUUUGAGCAAAUCCUACCAGAGCUGAAGAAGAAGCUCGUCCACCUCAGACACGACUACAACAAGCACGAACCCGAAUACUUUGCUGCAACUGAACAUAUCUCAGACCAUGACCUCGUCGGUUUCAGCGCUGACGAGUUCGAACAAGUCCGCGUUGCUACCUCAGCGUAUGGUAUUCAUCUAUUUGGAAAGCUUCGCAUUCCCGCCAUGCCAGACCCUUCUGGUCCAGCUUACAUUCACUUCCGCGUCUUUAUUGGCGGCGGCGACGAGCCCCCUAAGCUUCAUAGCAUCCACACCGAGGAGCGUGAGGAUUCAAGUGGCGGAAAGACAUACAGAGCUGUGUUCACAAAGAACGAUGAACUCGAGUGGUUUGAUACCUAA